AUGCCCGCCCCUUCCAGGACGCCGGUAGCCCUCAAAAGAAAGAGAACGGAGCAGCUGCGCGGCAAGAACACCAAGCGCCCCAAGAAAUUCAACAAACGCAAGGCCCAGUACUACCACAGUUCGAGCGAGGACGAGAGCAGCGAUGAGCAGCCGCGAAGAAUCGCUCCUACCUUCGAGGCUGCCUCCUCGGAAGACGAAGCCAAUGAUGUCGCCGAUGCUCUAGCUGAUGCUCCUACCGAUGCUCCCGCCGACGCUCCCGCCGACGCUCCCGCCGAUAACGACCAUGUCUCCGAUGCCGAGCUCCAGGACGCUGCCUCGGACGCCUCGGAUGACGAAGGGACUCGCUUGGAUGACGAUGAUGAAUUCGACGUCGAAGACGAUGACGACUCUGAUGCCUCAAGCACGGGGCUCGGUCGCUCUAAGAAGAAGCGCAAUGACCCAGAAGCCUUCGCAACAUCGCUGCAAAAAAUCUUGGGUUCCAAGCUCAGUACAGCCAAGCGCGCCGAUCCUAUUCUGUCCCGUAGCAGAGUCGCACACGAUGCUGGCCACGAGCUGGUUGAUAUGAAAUUGGAGAUAAAGGCCCGCCACAAGAUUCGGGAUGAGAAACACGCUCUCCUGGAGAAGGGCCGUGUUAAGGAUGUUCUGGGUCUAAGCACGCCGGAGGUCUCGACUCAGAGCAUUCAAGAGGAGGAGCGCCGCCUAAAGAAGACAGCGCAAAGGGGUGUGGUGAAGCUGUUCAACGCUGUGCGAGCCGCACAAGUGAAGGGUGAGCAAGCUUCCAGGGAAGCUAAGAUGAAGGGCGUCGUGGGUAUGGACAAGAGGGACGAGAAAGUCACCGAGAUGAGUAAGAAGGGUUUCCUUGACUUGAUCGCUGGCGGUGGAAAAAAGACGGCCGCCGCGUAA